AUGGAGUUAAGCUCCGGCGCCGGCGCCGGCAUUCUCCACACAGUAAGAAAUUCUCGUCGGACUAUAUUCAACCGUAUAUUCGCCGCUAUUUACACCGCCGCCGUAUUUACACUUCUCAGCCACCACAUACUCUCUCUCCACCAUUCGCCGUCGCCGUCGUUCAUAACUCUCUCUUUCCUAAUCGCCGAUUUACUCUUCACUCUCUCAUGGAUCACAACUCAAUCCUUUCGAAUUCGGACCGUCUAUAGAACUGUAUUUCCCGACAACCUCGAAACUGUCCUGCCCAUGUUGGAUUUUCCGGCCAUUGAUGUGUUCGUUUGUACGGCGGAUCCGUACAAGGAGCCGCCGUUGAGAGUGGUUAAUACGGCGUUAUCGUUGAUGGGUUUUGAUUAUCCGGCGCCGGAGAAGAUUUCUGUUUAUAUUUCCGACGACGGUGGUUCUCAUUUGACUCUGUUUGCUUUUAUGGAAGCUGCUAAGUUUGCUAAAUAUUGGUUACCGUUUUGCCGGCGACGCCGGUUGAUGGACACGUGUCCUGAUGUUUUUUUCCGAUCAAGUUAUUCUCCCACCAUUGAAAUAGAGGAACUCAAGAAUAUGUACAAUGAUAUGAGAAUUAGAAUCGAAAAAGUCGUGGAAAUAGGGAAAAUUGACGAGAAUUACUUGGCUAACUACGAAGAAGGACGAGAAACAAUAUCGAAAUUGUCGAGAUGGACUUUCAGUAGUCAAUACCACCCUACUAUUAUUCAGGUUAUUUUAGAUAAUACAAAAGACAAAGACAAAACAGGAGUCCCAAUGCCAAAUUUAAUAUAUGUUGCUAGAGAAAAGAGCAAGAUGUCCUCUCACCAUUUCAAGGCUGGUGCCCUAAAUGCCCUUCUUCGAGUUUCUGCAAUGAUGACAAAUGCACCUAUAAUUCUAACUCAAGAUUGCGACAUGUACUCAAACGAUCCCCAAACGCUUCGUCGCGCCUUGUGUUACUUCUCGGAUUCAAAUCUCAAGCCCAAUUUGGGUUACGUUCAAUUCCCACAAAGUUUUCACGGCUUAAACAAGAACGAUAUCUAUGCAAACGAAUUCAAACGUUUGUACAUUGUGAACCCUCAAGGCAUGGAUGGGCUUUCCGGGCCGGGUUACAUGGGCAGUGGAUGUUUCUUCUCUCGACGAGUCUUUUUUGGUGGUCCGGUCUUUUUUGUGGAUCCAGAGAUUCCUCAGUUAAGACCGGACCACAUUGUGAACAAGCCCAUUGGAUCAAAAUCUAUUCUUGACUUAGCCCAUUGUGUCGCGGGUUUCAACUACGAGGAUCAAACCUCAUGGGGAACAAAGAUGGGCUUUCGUUAUGGAUCACUAGUUGAGGACUACUUGACUGGGUAUACCCUACAUUGUGAGGGUUGGAAAUCUGUGUUUUGCAAUCCUAAAAGGCCUGCAUUCCUUGGUGAUAUACCAAUCAAUAUAAAUGACCUUUUAAACCAAACAAAAAGAUGGGUUUUGGGCAUCUAUGAAAUCACAUUCUCUAAGUACAGCCCAAUUAUCUAUGGUACACGACACAUGGGCCUCUUAAUGGGCCUUGCUUAUUCACAUUUAGCCUUUUGGCCCACUCUUUGUGUGCCGAUCACGGUCUACGCUUUCCUACUCCAGCUCGCUUUGCUCAAUGGUGUCUCUAUUUUCCCCGAGGUGUCGAAUGCAAUGUUUAGGGUGUACGUUUUUCUAUUUGUGGGCUCGUAUGCACAAGACUGCCUCGAUUUCAUCCUAGCAGAUGGAACGUUUUUGAGGUGGUGGAGCGAUCAAAGGAUGUUUCUUAUAAGAGGUUUGACGUCGUACUUAUUCGCGACAAUUGAAUACAUUGCACUGUUAUUGGGAACAGAAUCGGAUGGAUUUAUUGUGACAAGCAAAGUCUUGGACAGUGAUCAAGGGAAAAGAUAUGGGCAAGGCUUGUUCGAAUUUGGCGUCCAUUCACCUAUGAUUCUUAUGCUAUCGACAACAUCUAUAAUAAAUUUGGCUGCCUUUUUUAUGGGGAUUUUGCAAAUCUUGAAAGGAGGAGAUAACCUAGAAAGAUUUUUUGCGCAAAUAUUUGUAGCGGGCUUUGUAUCGGUUAAUAGUUGGCCGAUAUAUGAAGCCAUGUUGAUUAGGAGCUACAAGGGGAGAAUUCACGGAAAAACUACAAUUAUUUCGACUAUGGCUGCUACGACUUUGUACGCAAUAACCUCGUUAUACUUUGCACAUUGAUUGUGCAAAUGUGUU